AGAAGUUUACUUUUUUUCAAAUGACAUUAUAAAAAACCAAAAAAGGUAUAUCUACAAAUACAAAAGUAUAUAAACAUUAAAAAACAACCACAUGAAUUUAUACAUCUUGUGAAUAAAUAAACAAGAAGUAUGUGUCAACAAUAAAAGCAUGAGGCUCCGUAUCACCCCCGUUGCUACUUUUCAGUCUUCUUACUAUCAUCCAUCAACUUGUUGGUUUUAUUUAAACACCUCGAACUUCGAACUUCGAACAAACAACAAAACACCUUCUUCAUAUAAAUCUAAUCACAUCCCACUUUAACUUUCAACUUUCAAUUCAAAAUCCAUGUUCUUUCCUUCUUCCAAGGUUACAAAAACACCCAAAUAUAAUCUUUGUAAACCGAGUUCACUAACCAAAAAAAUGUCAACAACAACAACAAGAAGAAGGAGUUGUAGGAGAGUGAAAUGGCACACAACACCACCACCACCCAGCCCCAAAAUCAUCAACCUACCCAGAAGACAUACUACUCGCCGGAGAAAACCCAGAACCACCGUGAGUAUAACACCACCGGCGACGGUGGCGGUGGCGGAGGUGGUACGGAGUAAAGGGAAGUUGGGGAGUUUGUUUGGGGUGGAGAGAAGUGCUCCGAGUAUUGUGGUGUUGAAUGCGGAGAGGAGAGAGAGGGUGGAGGCGGAGGAGGUGGUGGUGGAGGAAGGUGGUGGUGGUGGGUUGGAGGAGGAGCGGUGGAAGUUUCAGGCGGAGAUAUUGCGGGCGGAGUGUAAUUUUUUGAGAAUGGAGAGGAAGUUGGCGUUGAAAAAGUUGGAGAAGAAUAGAGUCAGGAUUGAGAGGACUCUUCAAUCUGCUUUGCAAAAUCUUGCUAAUGGGAGAAAGAAGCUUUGUGAAGGGAAGAACAUGGAGGUGGUGUUGGAGGAAGAAAUGAGAGAAUUAGCAGAGAAAUUGGAGGAGUUGCAAAGUAGCUAUAACGGUAGGAAAGAUCGCGAGCUUCUAAAAUGUAAGAAUUUCGAUAAAAAAGCGUUGCGUUUACAAAGAAGAUUAGAGAAGCUUGGAGGUUUAACAGAUGAUGAGUUUGGUGAAGUCAAUGAAGAUGGUGUUACUUUGACUUUCAAAAGUCAAACUAAGUCAAAUGAUGUGGACAUGCUGGAAAGAAAAAUGGAGGGGUUAUCGAAGGGUAUGCUAGAUCGGAUGGAGAAGGAGUAUGGAUCGAUCAUAAACAGUUCGGUUGCUAGUUCGGCUUCUACAUCAAAACGGAUCGAUUUUCCUGACCAUUUGUCUUUUUCUAACAGAUUCUCAAACCAAGUAAAGGAACCGUUGGUCUCACAAGAAACGAACAACAGAUGCUCGGGUCGGUGCAAGACGUUGGUGAGAAAAAUAGUGGAGCAAGUGAGAGCGGAAACCGAACAAUGGUCACAAAUGCAAGAUAUGCUUGGAAAACUGAGAGAAGAAAUGGAAGAGCUUCAAACUUCAAAGGACUUUUGGGAGACUCAAGCUCUUGCUUCCAAUCAAGAAAUCAAAACCCUCACGUCUAAUGUUGAAGAAUGGAGAGAGAAGGCAAUCGCGUAUGAAACAAAGGCAAAUGAACUUCAAACCGAGGUUAGUUUGGUUAAAGGUGAGCUUGAAAAGUUAAAGAAGGAUCAAGCAAAGGAAGUCGCGUCAACGUCCAAAAAGACGGUUGUUUCUUUAAGUAAACAAAUCGAGCGGGAGACAAAGAACGGGUCGAGUUGUAGAAUGAACAAGCAAGAAAAGGUGGAGCAAAGUAAGAAAGACUCGCACCCGUUGUCACUCGGGAAACAACUUGCAAGGGAGAAAAGGAUAUUGAUUUCGAGAUUGAAGGAAAACCGACCGAACGGUAAUGAAAUAUCGAGUGAGGGGAGACGAAAAGGGGUGAGAUCUCCAUUCAAAGAUAUUGGGAAUUCAUCAUCUUCAGCAGGUUCGAUAAGGCAGAGUAGUAAUGCAAUUUUCCCAUUGCAUUGCCCUGAACCUGCAAGAGUGGAGGAUUAGCUACUUAAAACUGAAAAUUUUCUUGCUUAUGGUGUAUAACUUUUCAGUUUUAGCCUAAUAAUGCACUAGUUGAAACUCAUGAAACUGGGAUUCUUUUUCUUUUUCAGUGCAACUACUAAUGAUGGGUCUU